CAGAGGCCAGCAUUUAGUCAGUCUGCAUGGAAAGCACACACCCACUUGUCUGUUCGCGUCUUCUCCAACUCAGGGAUAACGGAGGAUAUUUUUCACAGGACCAAAAGGCCACGAUUUGUGCUCAUUUGUCUCGCACGCAGUUCAUGCGUCUUGGGAAUACUUUUACGCACAACUGUUAAACCCUGAAAAGGACGAUGCCUCGAUCAUUCCUGGUGAAAAAAUAUUUCGCUAAACAAAAGCCAAACUACAGUGAACUUGAAUGUCAGAAUGACACUUCACUGGACAGAUAUCCUGUUGCUGAGCUCUCAUCAGGAGACACUUCAGUUGCCACCUGCUUCAGUGGAGGUCUGGUGUGGGAUUUGAGUAUGCUGCCCACCUUGUACCUACCCACACAAACUGAAGCCUCCACCACAUCUGGGCCCCUGGACCUCAGCUCGCCCUCCAGCCUCAGUAGUGGUGCCAGCAGCAGCGGAGAGGAAGACGAGGGCCGCUCAUCAGACCCCCCCAGCCCGGAGCCUGUUCACACGUAUGCACCUCGGCAGCGGAUGAAGUGCACUGGUGUCAUGGCACACACCAGUCCCCCUGAGGAAGAGGAGGAGAGGGGGGCACCAGUGACAGCCAACAGGCCAGCCUUCCUCUGUAAGCACUGUCCCAAGGAGUAUACAAGUCUGGGCGCUCUCAAAAUGCAUAUCCGCUCUCACACACUUCCCUGUGUAUGCACCACCUGUGGGAAGGCCUUCUCCAGACCGUGGCUCCUCAGAGGACAUAUCCGGACACAUACAGGUGAGCGGCCCUUCUCCUGCCCCCACUGUAAUCGGGCCUUUGCAGACCGCUCAAACCUGCGCGCCCAUCUCCAGACUCACGCCGAAGUCAAGAAGUACCAGUGUGGAGUCUGCUCUCGUACAUUCAGCCGCAUGUCAUUGCUGCAAAAGCACAGCUCCUCUGGGUGCUGUUCUGCCAUGGCGUGAGACAUUGGACACACACUUCGAGCCUGGGCAUGUGUGGACACCAUGUAUACAGCUCUGUUGAAGUAAAGCAUGGACUGGCCUGCUAUUUGGGACUUGGAGGAAGUCGAGCCUUAUUAUUAUGGAUUUACAUUUCACAAGCCAUCCAGGCCUACACUAAACUGAGAAAGGCUGACAAUCACUAAUACACAUUUCUUUCUUGCUGUGCCCAUUCCAAAGAGCAAAUAUGUGUUGAACUCCAUGGGGCAAGAGCUGUGCUUUCCAGCCUCCAUCCCGAUGGCAAAUCAGGAUCAGGUCCCAGAGCCAGCUGUAGAGAGGUAGGGUGGCGUGGGUGGAACUAAUCUCUCAGCAUGUCUCCUACAACACACACACAAUAGCAUGAGCACACACAGCUGUCCCUGGUACGGUGCUGUAGAUAGACAAGGUGCUAACAGGUGCUUCAGCCCUGACCUUCGCUGGUUAAUAGCAGGUGACAUCCACUGCCCUUGGUUUGCCUAAGAGAGGAAAAAAAAAAGUCCUCUGCAGUGAAUGGCACCAUUAAAUCUUUUGUUUCUGCAAUGGGACCGUUUUAAGCCACUAUUUUGACUACAUCCAAAACCCCAGCUUUAAUCCGAUGGCUUUUGGAGAUAGAUGGGAAUAGCCGUUGUGCCUUUUGUUUUUAUUGUUCCAAAGAACGCGGGUGACAAACGCGUACCAUGCACUCAAGGUUACAUCAGUGUUAAUAAUAAUAUUACCAGCCAAAGCCAUAUUUUGUUAAAUCAUUUGUGCCUUGAAAAUGUCUAAAAAAUGUAUGCAUUUUUGAAACCAAAAUGUGCCUGUCUUUAUUUACCUCAGUCAUAAACUGUGGCUUUAAGAGACAAACAUUGAUUGCAGUAUUACUAGAUUUUUAUGCAAAGUAAAUGUAAUCAAAAAGGCUGGGACCAAAGAUGAUGUAAAGUUUACAAUAUGAAGCCAUGGUUUUUCUGAUAUUUAAUGAAAAACUACAAAUGAAUUUUAACUUUCCUAAACGUUUGUGUUUUAUAGUGCAAUUUUUCAAAUGUGUCCAUUUUUCUAUCAUGCUUGUGUGUUCACUUGUAUUUCUUGUAUGUAAUACAUUUUCAUUCAAUAAAGUAAUUUAUGUUUAUUAAAAUCU